UACGUCUUUCUGAUGGGCCUUCAGGACCGAAACGAGAAGCUGUUUUACAGAGUCUUGACCUCAGACAUCGAGAGAUUCAUGCCCAUUGUGUACACACCUACGGUCGGCCUAGCGUGCCAGCAGUACGGCCUUACCUUCAGGAGACCUAGGGGCCUUUUUAUUACAAUUCAUGACCGCUCCCACAUCUCCACACUUCUUCAGAGCUGGCCAGAGAAGGACAUUCGUGCUGUAGUGGUGACAGAUGGAGAGAGGAUUCUGGGACUGGGGGAUCUGGGCUGCUAUGGCAUGGGCAUCCCUGUGGGUAAACUGGCCCUCUACACGGCCUGUGGUGGAAUGCCACCUCAGCAGUGCCUGCCUGUUAUGCUGGACGUAGGGACAGACAAUGAGGAACUCCUAAAGGACCCUCUCUACAUUGGUCUGAGGCAUAAAAGAAUACGUGGACAGGCCUAUGAUGAGCUUCUGGAGGAAUUUAUGAAGGCCAUCACAGACAGAUAUGGGGUUAACUGCCUUAUCCAGUUUGAGGAUUUUGCCAACAUCAACGCCUUCCGUCUGUUGAGCAAAUACCGCAACAAGUACCUCACGUUCAAUGAUGACAUCCAAGGUACUGCUGCUGUGGCUGUGGCGGGACUGCUGGCUGCCCUUCGCAUUACCAAGAGCAAAAUGCACAACCAUACCAUUGUAUUUCAGGGUGCAGGGGAGGCCGCAAUGGGCAUAGCGGAGCUCAUCAUUAUGGCAAUGGAGAAAGAGGGGCUUCCUCGUGAGCAGUGUUUAAAGAAAAUCUGGAUGGUGGACUCUAAAGGACUUAUCGUUAAGGGUCGGGAUCACCUCACCCAUGAGAAAGAGAGGUUUGCACAUGAGCAUGCUCAAAUGAAAAAGCUUGAGGAUGUAGUAAAGGAGCUGAAACCUACUGCUAUAAUUGGGGUGGCAGCUAUCACUGGUGCUUUCACAGAGGAGAUAAUCAAGGCUAUGGCAUCCUUCAAUAAGAGACCUAUAAUCUUCGCUCUAAGCAACCCCACCAGCAAAGCAGAGUGCACCGCUGAACAGUGCUACACACUCACUGAGGGACGGGGGAUAUUUGCAAGCGGAAGUCCCUUUGAUCCAGUAACUCUUCCCGAUGGGCAGAAGUUCUACCCUGGUCAGGGCAACAACGCUUAUGUGUUUCCUGGAGUGGGGCUGGGGGUCACCGCUUGUGCUAUGAGACAUAUCCCUGAGGAUAUAUUCCUUGUUACGGCUGAGACUAUAGCGGAACUGGUGACUGAGAAGGAUCUUGCAGAGGGGCGUCUGUAUCCUCCUCUCAACAGCAUCCGGGAAGUUUCCAUCAAGCUGGCUGUGAAGAUUGUGGAGUACGCCUACAAAAACCAAAUGGCAACGCUGCAUCCGGAGCCACAUGAUAAAGAGGCUUUUGUUCAUUCGCUCAUCUUCAGCACAGACUACGAAGAGUUUGCAGUGGAUUCGUACAGCUGGCCUGAGAAUGCCAUGGCUGUGCAAGCAUGCAAACUGUGACGUCCCAAACAACACAGACCAGAAUGAGAUUUAGAAUAUGACAAUUCUGUUUUAAAUGUGAUUUCUUGACAUGAUUAUAAUACCGAACAGUACUGUAAGCAAAAGAACUCUUAAAUAAAAUGCAUAAUAUAUAUAUACAUAUGCUUUAUAAAUACAAAUGCUUUAUCAAACCAUAAUUAUCAAGCCACUUUUACCUUUAAAAUAAUAUCUAAAUCUUGCCUAAUGAGUCACUCUCUUCAAUAAAAUCAAAAUUAUGCCUCCAGAUUUAUAAAGCAGAGAUUUUUGCUUCGUGCACUUUAUUUUAACACCAUAACAAAUUGCUGUAGAUGUUUCUGCAACUACUAAUUAGUUGGGACACUUCCUGUAGCAGUUACACUGAAUCUGUUGAAGUGCUUUUGUGUUGAAAACAUUGGCAGAAAUUAAUGAGCCAUCAUUGCUGCCAGCUGAGUGCUUUAUAAAGGCUUUUUUGAUGCCAUUGUUCUUAGUGUGUAUUAAUACAGGUGAUGUAUUAAUGAGACAACAUUGUCUAAAUCAUCUUUUAAAAUGUCAGGUUUGGAGUGAGAUCUGAAGACAAAAUUAUUUAUUUAAAUAAAGUAUCUUAAUAAGUCCUUUUAAGGCAAAUCGGUUCACUUGGCGGCCAGUUAUUUUCCAUAGUUAUCUAUUUUAGGUGAGAAAUUCUGUAUUAGAAAAAAAAACUUCAGUACUGCCAACAUUACGGUUUAAUAACAUUUUUCGAAUUACCAAUAAAACUUGUCAACAACUGUAAAAUAAAUCUGUAUUUUAAACUAAAAUCCCUUUUUCCACCUGGUUAAACUAUUGCUCAACAAAGCAGUCUGUUCCCCAUCUUGAUCUA